UUUUCUGUAGGAAGCGAUGGCAGAUUAUGAGAAAGCUAGACAAGCAAGGAUAAAACAAAACAAAAGAAGAAUGAAGGAUUUGGGGGUUAUGUCCAUGGCUUAUCAGCUGAAACAAUCUGUGAAGGGAUCGAAACAAACGAAAAAAAAAGCAAGAAGGUGACUAAAGAUACUAACGAGUACACACCUAAUGAAGAGGGUGAAUUGAACCACUCAAGUGAAGAGGAUGAAAAUCUAAUAAGGAAAAACAGUGUAAACUUGAGGUCUCGUUCGAAAAAGGUGUUUCUUUUUUUUUUCCUGAGAACUUCAUUAUGUGAGUCAGAAUUGAUAAAAAGUCAUGUAAUACUUUUAAUGUUUUUCUCGAAUACUUUAUUGCAGGUUGUGGCAUUGAGAGGGAUGAUUCCCACAAACAUUAAAGACAUGACAAGUGUCUCUUCAGUACCAAUGGCUAAUCUUGUUAAGAUGCGUCAUCAAAACAUCGAAAAAAAACAAGUAGGGCAAGGGUUGCAAGGGACAGAUUCAACGCAAAGAAAAAUCCAAUUAGGCAAGUUUAAUGCACGGAAAAAUCUAUCGUCCCAUAGUCAGCAAGAGAAAGAGGUUGAACUUGGGAAGGGUGUCCAAGCUAAGAUAGCGCAGAUACUUCCAAAAAAGAAGCGUACCAGAGGACCUACUAUGUGUAAGGAUGUUCAUGAAUGGACAUUAGAAGAGCGUAAGCUUAUUGUUCUUAAUGAAAUGGGAAAUCCUAUUGGUCCUGACGAUAAGACCGUAGAUACAUUUACAAGAUUCUUAGGGACAUUAGCUCGUAAUGCUUCUCUAGCGCCGUUGAACAAGAUUAAUUGGCAUCAUGUUAAAGACAAGGAUGAAAUUUGGAAUUAUGUGAAGUACAAAAGAAAUUCAUUAUCCCUGAAGAAGGUAAGGGCAGUGUAUUGUCAUCCGUGGGAAGGCUCUGGCGUAAAUAUAAAUGUAGUGUAAAGGCAAGCCACUUUACUCCAUAUGACAAUGAUGGUGAUAGGUUGGCAGAUCCACCUAUUAUAAUUCCAGAAGCGCAUUUCAAAGAGUUGCUAGAAUUUUGGAAUUUGGAACAAGUUCAGGUAAAAUUUAUUGUUUGUUUCCGUUAUAUGUAAUACAAUUGCUUACUACCCUCUAAAAAUAAAAAAUUUUAA